GGCUUUGCAGUCGCAAACAGCCUCGCCCUAAGGCGGCCGUGGGAACGGAGCGGGGCGGCCGGGCUCUCCGCGAGGGGCCAGCGGCUGGCUUGGGAGCCCUGCCUGCCCCUGUGAAGACAGCUGCAGUAUCCGGGGCGCCGCCACCUCCUGCUGUAGCCGCGUGACGGAUGAUCUUUUUUUCACUCGGUGUCAAGCGUAUAAUAUCCCUGUUGCAAGGCUGGAUGUUGAGCUUGGAGCGUGAGGCACGCCUGUCCUGUCCUGCCCGACUCCUCGCUCGGCAUGUGGGCGAUGAGCGGCAUUCGGGCCGUGCAUUUAUUUGCCCUGCGUCAGACCGAAGCCCCGAGAGAGAGGGGGGGGGCUGGUGCCUCAUAGGCAGGGGACAGGCUCCCUGUCUCAGUAAGCCGAAGCUAACAGGAGACUCAGAAACCCCCGCGCCGUAUCCCUAAACGUGGCCUGGGGCGGUCGAUCCAUUCCUCCAUAUUGUGCAAGGCCAGUGCUUCUGAAGGGAGGAGAUGCGGUUGUAUCUCUUAAGGGGCCAUUCUCCCCGUCACAUCCAGCACUGGCUACACAUGUAAAAGAUGGAAUCCUCCAUGGCAACAGCAGAUGAACCUCCCAGCAAAUAUGUUUCUGAGUGUGAUGUUGUGAAAAAGGUGAAAAUGUCCCAUAACUUUCCCUCAAACCUAAAACAAGAUGAGAAGACCAGUUGUGAAGAAAAUUCAGAGCUCUUGAGAAACAGUACAUCUUAUUCUACAUCUCUGCCAGUCAACAUGAGAGACCCUAUAUUGCCACAUGUGAACAAGGGAAUAACAAUGCAACAGCAGCAGAAGGAUCUAUCCUUGAAGAUAACAAUGGUAAAAUGUAAAACUGGACUUUCUGACUCUCACCUGCAGCAAUAUAUGCGACGACGACUCUGUCUUCUGGAGAAUGACAACCAGAAGGCCAGGGCAGUUUUCAGCGAACUGUCUGCCAGAUUACUGUCCAUUCACAGUGAAGAACAGUUGAUAGUGAUAACAUUUUGGACCUUUGAAGAAAUCUGGAAGUUUAUGACUUAUUAUUCCCUUGGUUUUUUGAAUAACUGUAUGGAAAAUCUGUUGCUAGAUGACCAUUUCUGGCUGUCAUCGUUAGAGGAAGCAAUUGGAAUUAAUGUCCAGCUAGACAACAAAUGUCUUGAUAUGAUAUAUAGAAGUCUUCUAAUUCAAGAAGCCUUCUUUCCUCAAGGUACUUUCUUUGCAUUUCAUCCUCAAAAUGAUGUAAGUGAGGGAAGAGCUGUCAAUGACAACAGAGAAGUCAGAAUUCACCAGUGGAAGAAAGCAGCUAGAGAGGGAGGCCAAGAAUCAAGCAGGUGGGGUGAUCUAGCUGAGGAUUCUUCAGGGGCCCUAAAUGCUUUUCACCAGUGGUUUCUGAAAGCAAAUGCAAGUCCAAGUGAUUUUACCAGGAAAACUGAACCUGUAGCCCAUGAUCAAAUGGCCACAGGAUAUUCUGUAGCCAUUAUUAGACAUGAAAGUUCUGUUGCUGAUGAAAUUGGUUUUGAGAAAGGAGAUGGAAUUGAAAUUAUCGGCUGUUUUACGAAAUGCAUGCCGUGGUUUGUGGGAAGACAUGUCCCUACUGGCCGACUUGGUUUCGUGCAGAGCAGUCAUGUUGUCCUUGAUGGCUUCCAUACUACUGUGACAGAAACACCAUGCCUGGCUUUCUUUGAAAAUGAGCAUUCGUAUUUUACACAAGAAGUAUUUUUUGAAGAAAACGUGAUAAGGCUCUUGACAGAUACUUCAAACAGUAACAUUUGCAAUGUAUAUCAAAUAGAUGAACAGGACAUUUUAGAAUGUGAGGAUUCUGCUCAGCAAGAGAUGUCGCCUCCAUUCCUUAACACAAAUCCUAGGAUUAUAAAAUAUAAAGUGGCACAAUCCUUAAAGGAAGUGAGAGACUUUCAGCUGUGGAAGGCAGAAAGAGAUGAUCAGAAACAGAAAGCUGCUACUUCGACUGGGGUGCAGGCUUCUGGAAAUGUGGAGCCACGUUUUUGCAUAUACCGAGAUGUAAAACUGUGCAGGCCAGAGAUGUGUGAUUCAUUAUUGGCAUUCUUGAACUCCAAAACCUACAAGCCCAGCUUCAAAAAUCUGUAUGAUCUUUCAUUUUCUUUUCUCAGCACCCUGUUUUAUGGAUAUGCCACUGAAGAAGAAUUAAUUGAUUAUUUUGUGUGGGCAAGAGAAGUAGCCAAAAGAGCAGGUCUUCCAUGGGCCUUAACAAGGCUGUGCCUUCUCCUGGGGAGAAUGAGUGUGCGGAAGUUCAAGCUUUCUCAAGCUCGCAUUUAUUUUGAGGAAGCUUUGACAGCCAUGCAAGGAGACUUUAGUGACCACUACCUUGUAGUAAGUCUUUACACAAAUCUAUCAGGCAUCUACCUGAAGCAGAACAACAAGGAGAAAUGUAGUUUCUUGGACAAGGCUGCUUCUCUGCUUAUGGGAAUUUCCAGCUACAUCAGCAGCACAGGCAUGGAGUCAGAUAUUCUGAAGUAUGCUUUAAAAAAAGCAGUGAUGAGUCAAAGUCAGCAUGCAGAAGCUAGAGCAUGUUUCCUGCUAGCAAAGCACUAUCUGAACUUCAAACAAGGUGAAGAAGCACUGCCAUUCCUAGAAAGACUGCAGCUUCUGAAGAAAAGCUUGACUUUGCAGAAGGAUUCGUUGUCUGCUGAUUGCUAUUGUAAGAUGGGCCAAUUAUAUAGUCAGAAGUGUUUGCCCCACCUUGCACUAAGUUGUGUCAAGAUUGCCAUCUCUUGCAGCUCAUGUACUGUGUUUGGAUCCUUAAAAUGCAUUGAUUUAGUAUUCAAGAAUGUUGGCAAAGUCCAUAGCCUAAAAACUGCGGGGCAAACACAUCCUUCCCAAAUUGCGUAUUAUCUUGGCCAAAUACUCCAUUUGCUAGAAGCCAGCAAGGAACACCCAGUGCUGUGCAGCAUGGUUUGUUACAAUCUUUCCCUACUACACUGCCAUCACAAACAAUACAGAAAAGCAAUUGGCUAUAUUGAGAAGAUUCUAGAUAGAGGUGCACAUAAAAACGCCGAAGAAACAAUUAACCAUUUAAUCAUGCUCAGUUGGUUAUAUAUUCUCAGUCAUCAAGACAGUGUGGCUCUGGACAUUCUAAAUACCAUUGUGGAAUCUUCCCAGAGUAACCACCAACAGUUAGGUGUUGUCUAUAACAUGACUGCCAUUGGACUGAGGCGUAUUAGCCAUACCAAGCUAGCAGCUGAGAGUUACUAUAAAGCUCUGAAUAUUUCAAGAGAGACAGGAAAAAUACAUAAUCAGGCUGUGGCUGUAGCGAACAUUGGGAUCCUCUGCCUGCAUUCUGCUGCCAGAUGUCUAGGGGAACAUUUCUUAAUUCAAGCCAUAAAGCUGCUCUCUGAACUCCCAAGUGCUGAGGGUGGCAGAAAUUUAAUUGAUGUCCUCCUCAGGCUGGGGUGCUGCUAUGCCGAGGGAGUGUAUAAAGAUAAAGCAAGGUGCUGUUAUGAAUGGGCUUUUUUGGUGGCAAUAGAAACAAACUGCUUGGAAGGGCAGCUCAAGGCUGUUCAGCACCUGUGCCAGUUCUACAGUACAGUUCUUCCAGAUGAAGCACAGUGUGUCAUCUACAAUGAGUAUCAACUCUCCUUAGUUAGGAAAAUGUCUAACAAAGUCAUGGAAGGGCAGAUACUGGAAACCAUCAGUCAGCUAUAUCUCUCUUUAGGUACAGAAAGGGCAUACAGAUCUGCUCUGGAAUACACCAAAAGAAGCCUUGGAAUAUUUAUUGAUCUUCAGGCAAAAGCAAGGGAGGCACAGGCUUGGCUUCAGGCAGGAAAGAUAUAUUACAUCUUGCGGCAAAACGAGCUAGUAGAUCUGUAUAUCCAGGUUGCCCAAAAUGCCGCUCGUUGCAUUCAGGAUCCUAAUUUAGAAAUGGAAUUAUCUGAAGCUUCUGGAGACAUAUUUUUCAAUGGAGACUGGGAAAGAGAAAAAGCUGUGCCCUUCUACAGGGACAAGGCUUUGCCACUUGCUGUAAAGAUGAGGAACAGCCAUGCUGAGCUUCGACUUCUCAACAAAUUAGCAGAAUUGCUUUUUUCCCUGAAGUCAUAUGAGGAGUGUCUGGAAUAUGUACAAGCUUCAUUAAUGCUCAGUAUCAAUUUAGGCAAUCAUUUAAAUGAAAGACUAGCAUAUCAUCGGCUAGCUGUUAUCUACCGUCAUCUAGGGCAGUAUGAACUUACGGAGCACUUCUUCUUAAAAGCCUUGUCCCUCUGUCCCUCACCUCUGGAAUUUGACGAGGAAGCCGUAUACUAUGUAAAAGUGUACCUUGUCCUUGGAGACAUUACGUUCCAUGAUCUAAAGGAUCCCUUUGAUGCUGCUGGAUACUACAACUUGGCCCUUGCUGCUGCCAUGGACCUGGGCAACAAAAAGGCUCAACUGAAGAUCUAUACCAGGCUUGCAGUAAUUUACCACAAUUUCCUUGUAGAUCGAGAGAUGUCUCUUUUCUACUAUCAAAAGGCAAGAGCCUUUGCAACAGAGCUUAAUAUUCGAAGAAUAAAUCUGUCUCCCCAUCAAUACAUGAGCGCAUCACUGGCACCUAUGAAAAAUGUUGCAUGAGAAAGACAGUAUCAGAGUGCCUGAGCUUUCACAAAGUGCAACAGGUUCUGUUGCAUAUGGCAUCUAAGUGCCGCAAGUUUAUCUCCAGCUGUAAAAUGAAAGAACAUGAUUGUCUUUCUUGCACCUCAAAAUGUGUAACCAUAUGCACUCAAAUAAAAUGAGGUUAGUAGGCUAUCAGAUGGAACUAAGUGUUGAAAAAAGAGGAAAUUUGAGAGGUUGUUGAAUAAACAUGCUGAAUAAACUGAAA